AACAAGUAACAGUUCAAAUUUAGUUUUGUCAUUAUAUUUGUGUUUUUUUUUUUUGGAUUUCCUUAAAUAGUCGCAAGCACACUGUCGUCGCAGUUGAGCAAUUUUAACACCAUUCAUCUGAUUGCCAAAGAGGUUGUAUAACAUAUCAUAAAUUUGAAGCACCACACGCAAAUUUCGGCAAUCGCAUCGUGCGCAAUAUGCACGUUCGAACUGUUCAGUAAGGAACCGUGUGUGGUGGGACGAAAAUGUGAAUCGCGAAUUGGUCCGGUGGAUUCGUGUUGGACGUGUAGUGCCUCCAUUAUUGUGCAUUUUUCAAAAAUCUCAUUGUUGCGUUUAUUCUAUCCGAACAGAUCAUAGAAGAUAACUUGUCUAGCAACGAUGUCUGGCCGCAAGAAGAGACCACCGCUAAAGGUUCAAAUGCCCGACGAGCCGGCCGUCGUUUCUCUGCCGCGAAAUCUUGACAGGCGAACCACCAUUACGAUUGGCGACCAGACGACAACUGUUGAAGCAAACGAUUUACAGAAGAUUUGUGAUCUCGGGCGUGGUGCAUAUGGCAUAGUUGAGAAAAUGCGGCAUAUACCUUCGGGUACAAUUAUGGCUGUGAAGAGAAUAGCUGCUACAGUAAAUACUCAAGAACAAAAACGACUAUUAAUGGAUUUGGAUAUAUCUAUGCGGUCAUCUGCUUGUCCACACACAGUGCAAUUUUAUGGAGCAUUGUUCAUGGAGGGUGAUGUUUGGAUAUGCAUGGAAGUCAUGGAUACUUCUCUUGAUAAAUUUUAUGCAAAAGUCUACAAAUUCGGUAGAACUAUUCCUGAACAAAUUCUUGGUCCUAUUACAGUGGCGGUUGUUAGUGCUCUUCAUUAUUUGCAUUCUCAAUUGCAUGUUAUACAUCGAGAUGUCAAACCAUCUAAUAUAUUAAUUAAUCGUAAUGGUGAUGUUAAAAUGUGUGAUUUUGGUAUAUCUGGAUAUCUAGUCGACUCAGUUGCCAAGACUAUUGAUGCGGGAUGUAAACCAUACAUGGCGCCUGAAAGAAUUGACCCGACUGGAAACCCUUCAAAUUAUGAUAUACGAAGUGAUAUAUGGAGCCUAGGAAUAUCUCUUGUAGAGCUUGCCACUGGAAAAUUUCCAUAUGAUACUUGGGGCACUCCUUUUGAGCAGCUUAAACAAGUGGUCAAAGAUGAACCACCAAGAUUGUGUACUGGUAUGUUUACAUCAUAUUUUGAAGAUUUCAUUUGUCAAUGUUUACAAAAAGAUUUCCGCAGUCGUCCAAAUUACUCCCAAUUACUUGCCCAUCCAUUUUGCCUUGCUCAUCAACAACCACAGACAGCAUUGGUAGCAUCAUUUGUAUCUGAAAUUCUCGACUUGCCAGAUUUGCUUGUGUCUGGUUAA